GAGGGUCCACGUUACUGAUUCACCUGUCACUGCAUUCUAAUUUUCUUGAAUUCUCUUGAAUUUGAUAUUGCAUAUACGUGCCCAGCAUAAUAACAUGGGUGGCUUGAUAAGCUACUUUUCACAGCUCUUCGGCACAAGAGAAAGGCGGAUACUGAUUUUGGGUUUGGAUGGGGCUGGAAAAACAACUAUUCUGUACAGGCUACAAGUCGGGGAAGUGGUCACAACCAUUCCAACCAUUGGAUUUAAUGUCGAGACAGUAGUUCAUAAAAAUCUGAAAUUCCAAGUCUGGGACUUAGGCGGACAGACAAGUAUUAGACCCUAUUGGAGAUGUUACUAUUCAAACACAGAUGCUAUUAUUUAUGUGGUUGACAGCAUGGAUAGAGAUAGAAUUGGCAUUUCAAAAUCCGAGUUGUUUGCUAUGUUUGAGGAGCCCGAGCUGAAGAAGGCAGUAUUAGUUAUUUUGGCUAACAAACAGGAUAUAGAGGGUGCCAUGACAGUGGCAGAAGUGGUUAAUGCUUUAGGAUUACAGGCUCUCAAGGACAAGAAAUACCAAAUAUUUAAGGCAUCAGCAAUCAAAGGAUGGGGACUGGACGAGUCUAUGGAAUGGUUAUCAAAUGCUCUUGCCCAGCAGAAGUGAAAACAGCAGUGCAGCAUUAUUGGGGCCUAUAGUGUUGUGCCCUUAACAUUCAUGUGACCUGCAGCAAUCAUGUUGCCCUCAAGGUCAGCUGUGUAGUUCUUGUAGAACACACCGAUUGACUUGAUGACAGAGGUGUGAUGAUUGAACAAUGACUUUUGUGAGAGAAGUUAAGAAUUCCCAUUUACCAGCCUGACCAGUGGAUGCAGAUCACGAGGAGCAUGUAGAAAAUGUCACUGGCCCUUCGUGGAGGGUAGAAUUGAGGUUGUCUGGUAGCUGCAUCCAUAUAAAUGACUUUCUGGAGAUCCGUCUUAUGAAAGAAUGAAAACUGGAUAACUAUGUACAUAUAAAUUGUAAAUUAAUAUAUAUAUAUAAAUAUAUAUACGUUUUUUAGAGGGAACUGUCUGUAGAAGGUUGAAGUAAGUUUUGACUGUCAUUUACUUUGUAAAUUAGUUAUAGCAUAUUUGAUUCAUACGUGAGGGGGAUUAGUCGGCUGUGUUAUGGCAUAACUACAAAGAAAGACAGAAUACUAUCAGCAUUUCUUCGGAGUUU